AUGGCAGGUAUUCCCAAUUUCAACUCCCUCUUCCGCCUAGAUGGCAAGGUUGUGUUGAUUACAGGCGGCACCCGCGGUAUCGGAUUUUACAUUGCUGCUGCCUUUCUGCAAGCCGGCGCGUCAAAGGUCAUCAUUACAGCUCGAAAGGAAAACGGUCUACAGAAGGCCGUUGAUGAGCUGAACUCGAUCAAAAGCGUCUCCGGCAAGGCUAUUGGAAUUGUUGGCAAUGUCAGCACCAUGAAUGGCGUAGACUCCCUGGCCACUGCUGUCAAGGAGACAUUGCAUAACGGUCGACUCGAUAUUCUGGUGAACAAUGCCGGUGCCAGUUGGGCUGGUUGUUUUGAAGACUUUGACGAUUGGAAGACUCAAAAAACGCUGGAUGUUAAUGUCCGAGGCCCCUUCAACUUGACACGCAGGCUUCUACCGCUGCUUAUCUCAGCAGGGAGCAAAGAGUUCCCAUCGCGGGUCAUCAUUGUUGGCUCAGUAGGUGGAUUAUCAGUACCACAUAUUGGAGAGCACGGUUCAAUAGCCUACAACGUAUCGAAAGCAGCUGCACAUCAUCUAGCUCGGAAGUUGGCCCUAGAUCUUGCACCGCAUAACAUCACCACAAAUGCGAUUGCACCUGGCUGGUUCCCAACCCGCCUAGCAGGGCCCGCCAUCGAACAGUACGGCGGGAUCGAGCGGGCAGGCGCUGACAAUCCGCUGGGGCGGCUAGGAAUCCCGGAGGAUAUUGCUGGAGCUGCAGUAUUCCUCUGUUCCAAGGCUGGUGCUUAUGUGACCGGAAAUGAAUUCAUACUAGACGGUGGUAAGAGGCUUCUCUCAGGCAAUUCCUCGAAACUCUGA